AUGCCGGUUGAAGGGUCGAAGCCUGAGGUUGCUCAGAAACCGUCACCUCCUGGACCAUCCCUACUGAAGGAGAUUUCUACUUUUUCUUUGUUCAUGUACGUCGUUUACGGAUGGCGAAAUUGGGAACUGCUCAUCAUGACGGCUAACACAUCACCACUUUCACAACACUGCAGGGCUCUAUUGUCGUCUCCAUUACAAAUAGUAACCAAUACACCACCAGCUACCAAGGCUUUCGUGGGCCUUUUGCUAGGCUUUUCCAUAGCCCAUGGCUACCUACAAUUUACCUCAGAACAUCCUCAAAUUGCCGUACCAUACUUGACAGUCGUUCCAGGGCGAAGCUUCUUAUAUCCAUGGACACUAUUGACGGCGGGCUUCGUUGAGUCACAUUUCCUUGGGCUACUACUAUCUCUCCUCUCAUUAGCCCCGUCCUUUAGGUACCUAGAGAGACUAUGGGGGGCAUUCGAGACCGCAAAAUUUAUCGGCAUCGUGAUAACCAUCCCGAAUUUCAUCGCUUUCCUUCUCAACUGGAUAGAAUACGCGGCUCUAGGAUCGGAGACCUUCCUAUAUGGAAUGGAUUAUCACGGUCUGAUGGCCUUACAAACCGGAGUGCUCGUGGCCUUUACGCAACUCAUCCCAGAACAUCAACUCCAAUUUUUCGGUUUGGAUGGCUCGUUUCAUGGGCUUAUCUACGAUUCUAUAAGAGGACUACCGAUGCAUUAUCUGGUAUCGAUACUUAUGGAGAUCGUUCAGAAACAUUCGCUUUCAUCCACUGGUUCCCUCCCUUUGUUCACCGAUGACCUUGAAACUGGCGUUUAUUCGUCUUUAACAACAACGCAACCUGGAGGAGCAAGGGCCGAAGCUGAAAGAAGGAGAGCGCUUGCCCUGAAGGCCCUAGAUUCUCGAUUAGCAAAUUCCGCCUCAACCUCGCGACCUAGUAAUGCUGGUCGCUCAGGAGCUCCUUCAAGGCCAACUGGUUCAGCUUCCACUGCAGGGGGUACGUCUAACACUGCUGCAGAAAACAACACUCCGGCGUCUUCGUCCAAUGCCGCAAAUGGCACUGCAAGAAAAUCCGUGGAUACAAAGGGAAA